UCGAACGAGCUUCCCGCCGCGCGCAACCGUCUCGAGGUUUUAAAUUAUGGAUUAAGGACGUCUUACGUCGAACAGGGCGCCACGACGGGGCUGUGGCCGCAGGAGCCUCGUUACGUCAUCAAUCCACGCCCAGGCAGCAUGGCGAAGGCCGCGGCAGGCUGUGGCCUUCUGCUGAUCCGUGAGCAGUGCCUGCUCGGCGUCCGCUGGGAAGGUGCAAAAAGAAGAUGGGGCUUGCAAUUCCUACGCUCCCCUUACAGGUUUUGUAGCAGCAGAAUAGUUUUGGAUGAUAUCAACAAGCCGAUGAUUGACCGAAUAAUCAGAGUGGAUCACGCGGGUGAAUAUGGGGCAAAUCGCAUUUAUGCCGGUCAGAUGGCUGUCUUAGGCAGAAGUUCAGUAGGACCAGUCAUUCGUCAAAUGUGGGAACAAGAAAAGGACCAUUUGAAACAAAUGAAGGACUUGGUGAUUUUGUACAGAGUCCGUCCAACCAUUUUGUUACCUCUGUGGGACGUUGCAGGUUAUAUGUUAGGUGCUGGCACAGCUUUGCUUGGGAAAAAAGCUGCCAUGGCCUGCACGGUGGCUGUGGAAGAAAGCGUUGCUGUGCAUUACAACAACCAGAUCAGGGUCCUCGUAGAAGAAGACCCCGAGAAAUACAAGGAGUUAUUACAGAUCAUCAAGAAAUUUCGCGAUGAAGAGAUGGAGCAUCACGACACUGGGCUUGAGUACGAUGCUGAAUUGACUCCGGGAUAUUCAAUUUUGAAGAGUGCUAUACAAAUCGGAUGUAAAGCAGCGAUAUUUUUAUCGGAAAGAAUUUAAAUUUGGCCGCGGUAGAUUUAUAGUCUAUAUAGAUGGGGAUUCUUUUUGUUUUCUUCGUUCUUCUUUGUCGGUUGGGGAAAGCCGAUGGUUACCAUUUCGACUGUCUGAAAUUGCUGGAAACUUGCUGGAGAAGUUACUCAACUGUUUUCAUGUGCUUUCCACCUGAAAAACACCAACGCAGUUUUGCUGCCUUGUUUUUGAUUUUUUUGUUUGGCAAACUCAACGUCUUUUUUCAGCGAAAGGGAUUCCUUAUAGAAUAGCCGUUUAGCCUUCCCUCCCAAGAGAACAUUAUUAUUAUUAUUAUUAAUUAUUAUUAUUAUUAUUAAAGUUUGUACUGAAAAGCAAGUCACGCUGCUUAAAAACCAAUCGUGUGUUUUCUAAUGGAAGAUUCAGGAGCAGACGUUUGUUGAAAUCAAUGGUGCUUCAUUCCAUCAAAGCUUUCUAAGAAUUACAUUUUAAGCUUUUUUUAAAAAAAACUUUUAUUUAAAAAUUAAUUUUAAAAAAAAUUAGAGCAGCUUUAGUGGGGCCAGAUGUUGUAAAACAUGUUGGAUCCAUAAGAUGCAUUACAAGUAGUCCUCAUGACCACAAUUGAGGCCAAAACCUCUGUUAAGUGAGACAAGUGAGUUUUACGACCUUCCUUACCACAGUUGUUCAGUGAAUCCUUGCAGUUCUUAAAUUAAUAACACGGUUGUUAAGUGAAUCUUACGGACUUUGCUUGUCAGGUCGCAAAAGGGGUCACGUGACCCCGGGAUACUGCAACUGUCAUAGAUAUGAGUCCAUGUGUUGUAAAUGUUGUGCCUUG